AGAUGAAUCAUGAGGAUGUGCAACUCUACAGCUGCUGUUGGACUAGCACAUGAGGGUGGAGAAAUCCUGGAUAAAGAGGAGAUGGGGCUAGGAGGAAGGAGUACUGUACAAAGGAUGGCGGAGUGGGAACCUGGAUGGCAUUGCAAAUGAGAGCAAGCCUUGUGUAGAAAGCUGAGUUUUGAGGCAAGAGAGGAGGUAGCCAAAUUGGAGAAGCACCUAAUGCUUCUCCGCCAGGAGUACGUAAAACUGCAGAAGAAGCUAGCCGAUACAGAGAGGAGAUGUACUCUGUUGGCUGCCCAGUCUAACAAAGAGAAUGCCAGUGACUCCUUCAUCAGUCGACUUCUCACCAUUGUAGCUGAGCUUUAUGAGCAGGAGCAGUAUAGUGAUCUGAAGAUAAAGGUUGGGGACAAGCUCAUCAGAGCUCACAAAUUUGUGUUGGCAGCCCGCAGUGAGACUUGGAGUCUAGCCAGCCUAGUGUCAACUGAGGAACUGGAUCUGUCAGAUGCUGACCCUGAGGUGACCAUGGCAAUGCUGCGUUGGAUCUAUACAGAUGAGCUAGAAUUGAGAGAAGAUGAUGUAUUCUUGACAGAACUGAUGAAAUUAGCUAAUCGGUUUCAACUACAACUCCUCAGGGAAAGGUGUGAAAAAGGAGUAAUGUCACUAGUCAACGUCAGGAACUGCAUUCGUUUCUACCAGACUGCGGAGGAGCUAAAUGCUAGCACUUUAUUGAACUACUGUGCUGAAAUAAUAGCUAGUCACUGGGAUGACUUGCGGAAAGAAGACUUCAGCAGUAUGAGUGCUCAGCUGUUGUAUAAAAUGUUCAAAUCCAAGACAGAAUAUCCUUUGCAUAAAGCUAUUAAAGUGGAGAGAGAAGAUGUUGUUUUCCUGUAUCUUAUUGAAAUGGAUUCACAGCUGCCUGGGAAGCUCAAUGAACUGGAUCACAAUGGAGACCUUGCUUUAGAUUUAGCCCUUUCUCGAAGAUUGGAAAGUAUUGCAACCACUCUGGUCAAUUACAAAGCUGAUGUGGAUAUGGUGGACAAGAAAGGCUGGAGUCUGUUACACAAAGCCAUCCAAAGAGGAGAUAAGUUUGCUGCCAAUUUUCUCAUUAAAAAUGGUGCCCGGGUGAAUGCUGCUACACUGGGAGACCAGGAGACUCCUCUACACCUCGUUGCAUCGUACAGCCCCAAGAAGCACUUGCCAGAUGUGAUGUCAGAGAUGGCACAGAUUGCAGAGUCCCUCUUGCAGGUUGGAGCCAAUCCAAACAUGCAAGACUGCAAAGGAAGGACCCCAUUACAUGCAUCAAUUGUUGUUAGGAAUGAUCCUGUAUUCAGUCAGCUUCUCCAGUGCAAACAAUUAGACUUGGAAUUGAAGGAUCAUGAGGGAAGCACAGCUCUGUGGCUUGCAGUUCAGUAUAUCAAAGUGUCGUCUGACCUGUCCAUAAACCCUUUUGAUGAUGUCCCUGUUGUAAAUGGAACCUCCUUUGAUGAGAAUAGCUUUGCAGCAAGACUGAUCCAGCGAGGCAGCAAUACAGAUGCGCCUGACACAGUAACAGGAAAUUGCUUAUUGCAGAGAGCAGCUGGAGCAGGAAAUGAGGCAGCUGCUCUCUUCCUGGCAACCCAUGGGGCAAAAGUGAACCAUAGAAACAAAUGGGGAGAAACUCCAUUGCAUACAUCUUGUCGGCAUGGCCUAUCAAAUCUUACGGCAGAGCUUCUACAACAAGGAGCCAAUCCUAAUAUCCAGACUGAAGAAGCAGUGCCUAGUCAGAAGGAUGCAUCCUCAGCACCUGCAUCAGAGAAUGUGUAUCUGCAAACUCCCCUUCAUAUGGCUAUAGCAUAUAACCACCCUGAUGUGGUAUCAGUCAUACUGGAGCAAAAAGCUAAUGCCCUUCAUGCUACCAACAACUUGCAAAUCAUUCCUGACUUCAGUCUCAAGGACUCUAGAGACCAGACAGUACUGGGACUGGCAUUAUGGACUGGCAUGCACACGAUAGCAGCUCAGCUACUUGGGUCUGGUGCGUCCAUCAAUGACACAAUGUCAGAUGGACAGACUUUGUUACAUAUGGCAAUACAGAGACAGGAUAGCAAGAGUGCUCUCUUCUUGCUGGAACAUCAAGCAGAUAUAAAUGUCAGAACUCAGGAUGGAGAGACUGCUCUUCAACUAGCUAUAAAAAACCAGCUUCCCCUUGUGGUUGAUGCUAUUUGUACCAGAGGGGCAGACAUGUCUGUGCCAGAUGAGAAAGGGAAUCCUCCACUAUGGCUUGCCCUGGAAAAUAACUUGGAAGACAUUGCAUCGACUCUGGUAAGACAUGGAUGUGAUGCAACUUGCUGGGGUCCAGGACCAGGUGGAUGCUUACAGACCCUUCUGCACAGAGCUAUUGAUGAAAACAGCGAACAAAUAGCAUGCUUCCUUAUUCGCAGUGGUUGUGAUGUAAAUAGUCCUAGACAGCCAGGUGCUAAUGGAGAAGGAGAAGAGGAAGCUCGAGAUGGACAGACACCUCUGCAUUUGGCAGCUUGCUGGGGGCUGGAAGAGGUGGUACAGUGCCUUCUAGAAUUUGGUGCCAAUGUAAAUGCACAGGAUGCAGAGGGAAGGACUCCCAUCCAUGUUGCCAUUAGCAACCAGCAUAAUGUCAUCAUUCAGCUGAUGAUUUCACACCCAGAAAUCAGACUGAAUGUGCGUGAUCGGCAGGGCAUGACGCCAUUUGCAUGUGCUAUGACCUACAAGAACAACAAAGCAGCAGAGGCAAUCCUGAAGCGGGAGGCAGGAGCUGCUGAGCAGGUGGAUAACAAAGGUCGGAACUUCCUCCAUGUAGCUGUUCAGAACUCUGAUAUUGAGAGUGUGCUCUUCCUGAUCAGUGUCCAAGCUAAUGUCAAUUCUAGAGUCCAGGAUGCUUCUAAGCUAACACCUUUACAUCUAGCUGUACAAGCGGGCUCAGAAAUCAUUGUGCGCAAUCUGCUUCUUGCAGGUGCAAAGGUGAAUGAGCUGACUAAGCACCGCCAGACUGCUCUCCACCUAGCUGCUCAGCAGGACCUGCCCACAAUUUGCUCCGUACUUCUAGAGAAUGGAGUGGACUUUGCAGCUGUGGAUGAAAAUGGAAAUAAUGCUCUUCAUCUGGCCGUGAUGCAUGGUCGUCUAAACAAUAUCCGUAUCCUCCUGACAGAAUGUAAUGUGGAUGCUGAAGCCUUUAAUCUUCGAGGUCAGUCACCAAUGCACAUUCUGGGCCAUUAUGGGAAAGAUAAUGCAGCAGCCAUCUGUGAGCUCUUCUUAGAAUGUAUGCCAGAAUAUCCCCUAGACAAACCUGAUGCUGAAGGAAACACAGUGCUUCUAUUGGCCUAUAUGAAGGGAAAUGCUAAUUUGUGCCGUGCUAUAGUGAGAGCUGGGGCUCGUCUUGGGGUUAACAAUAACCAAGGAGUCAAUAUCUUCAACUACCAAGUUGCUACAAAACAGCUUCUCUUUAGACUCUUGGAUAUGCUGUCAAAAGAACCUCCCUGGUGUGAUGGCUCCAACUGCUAUGAAUGCACUGCCAAGUUUGGAGUCACAACAAGGAAGCAUCAUUGCCGACACUGUGGACGUCUGCUCUGCCAUAGAUGCUCAACAAAGGAGAUUCCCAUCAUAAAAUUUGACUUAAACAAGCCUGUUCGAGUUUGCAACAUCUGCUUUGAUGUCUUGACUCUGGGAGGAGUCUCCUAGUAUGUUGUGGGAGUAGGGGGAUUCUCGGUCAGUGCUCUUCAGACAGCAGCUCUGCUAGCAAGCAGGAAAGGGGAGGCCUAUACAUGCCUUCCUUUGGCAAUAGACUGAACUAAUUAAGGACCAUGUUAUGAUAUAUUCCAGUAUAAAUGAUUUUGUAUGACUAUAAAUGUGUUGGGCGGUGAUAGACUUCACUGGUAAAUGAAUUGGAGUGGAUCAUCUAAAAUUGUGAUAAACCUGAAUUGAGUUAGACCCUCCACAGGCAUGGACAUUAAAAUUGCAUUAGCCUGGUGUCCAGUGCUGAUCAAAAUAACACAGGUCUGUGCUUGCCCUGAUGUAUUGCAUUGAGCGACUCUAAAGUCUUGCCAUUUUAGGCUAUUAAUAAGAGAUGGCACUAAACUUCAGGGGUAAAUAGUAACUUUGCGAUGUCUUCAAAGAUAGAUGUUCCCUUUCUCCACAGAAGGCUCUUUUUAUAAAACUUGACUGUGCUGUGACAGCCAUGACCCAUUUUGAGUUGUAUCUUUAAACACGGUUUAAAGGGGCAUAGCUGAAGAAUCGUGGCCUUACAAGAGAGAGCUUUACAAUAUCUCUGAUUAUAAAGAACUCAGAAUUGCCCAGUUCCACAUAUUGAUACCUCCUUAGUAAAUGUCUCAUUAGCGCCAGCAUAUUCAAGAGGAAAUGCAGGAUCCUUUUAAUUGGCAGACCACCUUCAUGGCUGCUAGAACUGAUGAAGCUCACUUUUUUGUUGCACUAUUUGCAUCAGUGGUCUUUCUGGCUUCAAAACAAUUCUUGUGUAAUUUUAAGUGCUCCAAGAACAGACCUAAGCUUACACUAAUUGAAGGAAAACAGAUUGGGUAGUUGUACUUGCUGCAAAGGAACGGUGCUGGAGCUGCGUUAUGAAUCCUAGAAGAGAUUAGUUACUAGUGGCAUUUUUCUUGGCUCUAAAGACUAUGGUUAAUCAGUGCACCAUGGAACCAGCCACUCCACUGAUAUAAAGCAUGUUGCUUCUGCACUUCUAGACUGUCAGAAGAGGUCUCCAAAUCCAGCAGGAUGGACAGUUAUUGGCAGUAUUUGGAGGUUCUCUAUCAAAUGGUAGGCGGUUGGUGUUGCAGGAAGGAGUUCUGACUGCACUGUGAAACAGCCUGAUGUCAAACCUUGGCACAUUAUAUAACUGCAAUGAGGUUUUUUUUUUCUGGCCUGGCUGUGGUCCCCUCUUAAAUAUGCUGAACCUAUGAAACAAUGACACAGUUCCCCCCAUCCCCCCUCUGCCCCCAAAGUAGCCCAUAAAUCACUUAGCUGCUAGUAAGCACUUACUCUGGUGAACUGACUGUUGUAUGAUAGGCAAAGAUGUCAGUCAGUUUAAUGUGUACUUAAUUAAUUAAAAUGUGUCUUGCUUUUUUUUUUUUAAGCCCUGGGAGAUAAAUGUAGAUCAGACUAAAUGCAGCAUUCCCAUCUCUGCUCCCCAAACAAAUCAGUUGUGUAUAUAUUUUUUUAGUAUUCAUUAACCACUACUUUUAUGUGAUACAGUGCGUGCAAUAGGGGUGCAGAUAUUCAUAACUUCAGUUGCCCUGUCUUCUGGAAUAGUGACAUGUCCAGUACCUAUUACCUAUAUAUGUAAAAUGAGCUGAUAAACCAGAGUGCUAAAUUUUUAUAUUUCUGUGAUUUAUAGGAUAUUUGCUUUGCUAGGCAAAAUUUGGGCUUGUGCAGUAAAAGGAAGACCUGACACCUAUCUAGUACAUUGUAGAUGGAAUCUUAGUUCACUGAUUGGUCUUCCAACAUAUGGGGCAAAAACUGGAACCCUGAACUUAGUAACACUAGAGUGAAAUAAUGGACCAGCUUUGUUUUCAUUCUAUCAGUGCAAAUCAUGUUGAUUGUAAUGUCAGUAGCCCUGUUCUUUCAAGAAAUGACAAAUGCCACCAAUUUAUUAAAAGGUGGCAUUGUUCUCUAAUGUAAAGAGCGUGUACCUUCAGCAUAACUAACUUUUUGAAUAUCAACUUGCAGCAGACUUUUUCUGAGACACUUGAGAAGGAUGGCAUGAAUGAGUCUCCAAAAGCACGUAAUUACAAAUCAUGAUAGUUUAAAGGAUGAAAUCCUGGACCAUCUAAGAAUAAUCAUGCAUCACUUCUGAUCAUGUUUUAAAAUGUCAGUCACUCAUCAUGGGUUUGCAUAAGUUAAAUUCCCAUUUAUUGUUGUAAAAUUGCAAGUGGAUAAAGUAUCAGUUCAAAGAAAUGAUUGUCUUGUCAGUUUAACUGGUUGACUAACCACAUCCAGUGAUCAAGUGUAACUUUUCACAUUUGCUUGCUGUCUUUCCCACUUAAAAUCUGUCAAGAGGAGGAAAGAUGCAGCACUCAAGGACAGGAGUGGUUAUUCCAGAGUCAUUUGCAUAGUGAUUCAUAAAUGGACUGUUAGAAAGUUGACAAGAUUUGAUCUGCCUAGUGCUUUACAGCAAUUAGUCUCAAAAGGAUUAGAAUAUUUGACUUGUAGAAUUGAGUUUUGGCCCCGUACAAUUAUCAGAAGGUUUAAAAAAAAAAAACAAAAAAACAGUACGGCAGGUUUUACUUCACUCUGGGAAGGCCUCUGAGAAGUGCUUGGCAGUCUUUAGAGUAGAUCCAGAGCAGGUUCGGUUUCUUAUACUAGCCUAUGCUACGACGUUGCAAGCUUACUUUCAAGGGGUGGAGUAGAAAUUAAUGGUGGCUUUAAAAAUGCAACAAUCCUAAAUCCUCUGGUAAAUCCUACCUAGCACUUUUAAAUUACACCAGCAUUCGUUCUGAAACUGUCCUCUAUUCCUCAUUAGAAUUUUUAAAGGCAGGUACGAGUAUUAAUAGCCCUUCCAUAUACAACCUGAAAUAUGUAUCUGAGAGCGAAUUUCAAAGUAACUACCUUCUCAACAGAAACUUGACAAAUUUAAAGUGCCUUUGCUGUGAGUUUUCUUGGCAACUAGCUUAGAAAUUAUUAAACAAAUUUGUAAACAUUUGUUCUCUGCCAGAUUAAACACCCCCGCACAAAAAAUGUUGAGCUAUAACCAGCCCAAACUACCUAGUGUCCCCCCCCAUCUUUUACCUCAUAAAUAAAACCCUAAUGUUCACAACCUUUUUUUUUUUUUUUUUUAAAAGGGUGUAUUUACCACAUGUCGGCUUCAAUUCCUGUGAACACGAUCUACCUGGUGUGCAUUUUUUUUUCCUCUCACAGCUCUUUGUGUUAGGGUUGGUGUAGUCAUACUCUGAAAGGGCACAAAUCAAGUUAAAGCUCUUGAAGAUCUCUGGUGGUGGUCAGUACAUUUCUAACUUGGCAAACAAAUAAUGCAUUUCCUUUAUGUGGUAUAUUUACGACUGUGACCAAAAAAAACCCCUGCUACCCCUGCAGUUUUUGGAUACUCACAACUUAGAAAAUGUUAAAAAGCAGUCUGCUUGCAGAUACCAAGGGUUUGAGGAGCAUGAGAUUGAACUCUCUUCUUGGCCCUACAUGCAGUUUUUGUUAGGUUAGAGUUUCAGGCACUUAAGGCUGAAUGGGGAAAAUUUGUGGUGCUUGCUCUGUAGUAAAAGAGGAAUUCAGUCUCCAACAUAGUCAAUCCAGCCCUCAUCCAAGCACAAAAGUCAUUCUAAUUUAAAAUUAGACAUUGAAGUAAAAGUCGGGGGAGGUGGGGGGAUAACGUUCUCAUUAUAGUUAUUAGAGUGAAACAAGUAUUUUGAAAUUACUGGUGUUAAAGGUACUAACAAAGCAUUACUAAUGAACUUGCUACAAGUUUACAGAUGCCUUAAAGACUUCUAUGGAGACCAGUAGCAUGUACAACUUCCUUGUCACGUAGCAUAUAUAAGAUCAGCUGCAUAACAAAUGAACAUAGCGAGUUUUUUUUGUAGACCAAGUGUAGUAUAUAUUUUGAUGAAUUUUCCCCCUUAACAGCAAUUUGCUGCAGAAUUGGAUAUUGCAACAAAUUUACUGUUGCGUGUUUUACCCAGGUGUAAAAGUAAAAUCAUUCAAAAGCUUAUUGGUGGUCAAACUAUAAUGUGAAACUUUUUGCUGUUUCUGAAAUAAAGUCUUAGAACAAUGGCAUUUUCUGUUCAGUCCAUUCUAAAAGUGUAUCUUUGCAAUAUUCCUACUCUGUAAUGAAUCCUUGUAGUAGACUGAGGAUAACUAGAUAAAAUACAUCCUGGGCUAUAAACCUUGAUACAAAAAUACAUCUAUGGCAUUACUGAUGCAAAAGUAUAGCAAGAGAAGUCUUAUACCUUAAGUCCAGUUUCCAAGCAAGAAGGAAAAUGUUUAUUACCAGUAAACCCUGGGAGUAAGAUUUAAUUAUAUUUCAACUUGCCUUUUGUUUUGUAAAUUAUCUUAACCAAAUAGUGAUUAUUCUAGACAUCAUGUAUUUGCUUAACUAGCAUUAUUCUGGGAGACUGACUCUGCUGUACUCCUAACUGAUAUCAAAUUAUGCACUCAAACACCUUUCAAUAGGUUUGGCUGCAGUCAUUCCUGUGUAGUCCUGAUUUCCUGUACUGCCCAGGUCUGGACCUUCAAUCAAUGUUUUUCCCAAACCAAUUUUUAACUUCAGAUGCAUCUAAAUGUAAUAGAGUUGGAAGUUAAUUGAAAGAAAAUAAGCAAAACCAUGAGUGCAAAGUCCUGUUACGCUUGGCAGAUGCCACUUUUAAGUGUCUAAUCUGUGCAGCUUUACUUCAAAAAGGGAAGCUCCAGAGUACCUGUAAAACCAGCCAAAAGCAUUUUGCUAGGAUUGUUUGUGAUGCAUAUGUUUUAACAAUAAACGUUUGCUAAAAAUCA